UCUUCUCUCUUCACAUCCCUUUCAUCACUGUAAACUCUCAGAAAAGAAAACGAAAAAAACUCAAUCAAAUUAUGCUCAUGGAUUCUUCAAGAAAAAGCUACACACUUGGCUCCAAAGCAGCACUUAUAACUGUAACUUUCAUCUUUUUCCUCAUCACGUUUCUAUCACUCAAACCAGUUUCUGGUGAAAUUGCUGAUGAUGAAAACAGUUUUUCAGAGAUGAAAAAGAGUUUGGGUUCAAUGCCUCCGACUUGUCUUCACAAAUGCUAUAAUUGCAGGCCAUGUACAGCGACUCUUGUUAUUUCCCAUGACGAUAAAAAGGUUCGUUCGACAUCAGCAGCAUCAUCAAAACCAGAUCACGAUCUUGAAGAUGAUGAAAGUUACUACCUCCAAACAUGGAAAUGCAGAUGCGGAAAUAAGAUUUUCGAACCUUAGAAAAAAUCGAUAUCAUCAAAUAUUAAAUAUUAUUAUCUGCUUCCAAUAAAUAAUGAUUAGGUGAAUCUCUGAUGGAAGAUAUCUCUUUCUUCUGAUUCAUCCUAAUCAUCAUCAUCAUCAUAUGUAAUAUUUGUGUUAAUAAUUAUUAUGAAUUAAAUCUGGCGUUUCAGAAUUUUUCUGGGUAGUUGCCUUUGUUUA